AAAUCAUCAGGAGGACGGCGCGGGAAGUUGUCACGUCGUCCCCCCGUGUCUCUGUCAGGCUGUGAAGCUUCUGUUGACGUUCCUCUUGACGGUUACUGACAUCCUCCAUCAUGAGCGUGUUGGAGGUGAAGUUCAUCGGGGAUGGGGACGUUCUGGAGCACAUUGUGGACAAACAGGAAGGCGUUCAGAGUAAUGGCGGCUCUGUGCAGAAGAUGGUAACGUUUAAGAGCCCAACAGGACGGCGGACCAGAGUGGAAGAAGAAGAGGAUGAUGAGGAUGACAAUGAAGUCUUCGACGAGCAGAAUUAUGUUCACGCUUUAGGGGCAGACAAUACAGAAGAGGACGAUGAGGGAAUGUCCAGAGUGGCUGGAUCCUCCAUUUUCACCUUUAAGAAAAACAGACGAGGACACAGCAUGGCUCAGACUGCAUGCGAGUUGGCGCGGACUCCUGGAAAAGGCGUGACCUUCAGCAAGACCCCAAAAGUUGAACCCUCCACUCCCACGAGAACAGGACGUAACCACCGAGCUGAAAGCAGGACACCACAGAGGAACAAGAAGGUCCAGUUUGUCUCCACAACACCACACAGGCUCAGGAAGAGAAUCACAAAUCCAAGCCUUCGCUCUGAAAGCGACAGUGAGCUGUCGCCCUCAGACUCUGGGGAGGAUGAUGGAGAUGAAAUGGAAGAAGAGCAGAAAGUGAAGAAAGAGGAUAAGGAAAAUGUGAAGACUCCACGAACACCAAGUAAAGGUUUAUCUGCAGCUCUCUACAAGACUCCUGCCAAGAAGAGCAAGAACACGCCUGAGCCCGUCAACCAGGCCAGUAUGGUUGAGGAGUAUUUUGAGGCCCAUGGUAGCUCAAAAGUCUUGACGUCAGACCGCACCCUCGAGCGUUUACACACCCCUAAACUGGACAGGGAGAUGCUGGUGCAGCUUUUGGAGGGAAAGCCAUCGUGCUACAUAAAAGAGAUCCAGCAGCUCCACAGCAAACAUGAAAAGUACUUCAGCAAAUGGAUGUUACAGUUACAGUUGGGUUUCAGUGUGCUCGUCUAUGGUUUGGGGAGUAAAAAAGCUCUGCUGGAGGACUUCCGUGUGUCUCACUUGGCUCAAGAGAUCCACCUUGUGGUUAAUGGAUUCUUCCCUUCCAUUACUCUUAAAUCGAUCUUAAAUGCUCUGACAUGUGAGAUUCUGGAGCACCAGGGAAGUUUCCGAACACCUUCCGACCAGAUCCAGUUUGUCACACAGGCCCUUAAAGACAGCCCAGAUCUUCACGUGUACCUGCUAAUCCAUAAUAUCGAUGGACCGAUGAUGCGUGGAGAAAAAAUCCAGAGUGCACUGGGGCAGCUGGCAUCCCUCCCCAACCUUCACCUAGUGGCUUCUUUAGACCACAUCAACGCUCCAUUGGUGUGGGACCAGUUUAAGCAGAGUCAGUUUAACUGGCUGUGGUGGGAGUGUGUGACGUUCCAGCACUACUCAGAGGAGACGUCGUAUGAAAACUCUCUCCUGGUGCAACAGACCGGCGCUCUUGCGCUGUCCUCCCUCACACACGUGCUCCGUAGCUUGACAUCCAAUGCCAGAGGAAUUUUCAAACUGCUGGUGAAAUUUCAGCUGGAAAACAAAGACAAUCCUUCAUAUACAGGAUUGUCAUUCCAAGACUUCUACCAGCGUUGUCGAGAGGCAUUCUUGGUCAACUCCGAUCUCACUCUGAGGACCCAGCUGACAGAGUUCAGAGACCACAAACUGAUCCGCACACGCAAGGGUGCAGAUGGAGUGGAGUACCUGAUGGUCGCAGUGGAUGCAAACACGUUGAUGGACUUCCUGGAGAACGAGGAGGGCGACUGAAAAGAGGAAGCUUGAGACUCCUGUUAAAUUGAGUUCAUGAACUGGCUGUCCCAGCAGAGACACUUUGACUGGAUCAGUCACUGAUACAAAGGCUUAGUUACAUCUAAAACAAGACAUGCCACAGCUUACAAGGCUCUGCACAGUUGAAGUCAAAUUAUUGAUGAACUAAAUGUCCCUUUGUAGCAUUGUGAUAUUCACUGUGCUUGAAUGUGUACAUGUUUUCUGCCAACAUCUGUGUAAUUAAAAUAAAACAGUGAAAGUUAA